GUCUGGCGGUAAUGAUGUCUUGCUGCAUGGUCGUUCAUUUACAUUCUCCGCGUUCCACAGCACGAAGUGAGACGAAGGUACGCCUUGCCCUUGUCUUCGCAGGGGCUGGCGGAAACAGGCGCCCAUCAAAUAGCAUGAUUGAUAGAAGUAUUAACCUUCUAUCUGUUAUGAACUUUAACGGCGGGCUGGAAAUGUAAUCGAACGAUUUGUUACUUAUGGUUUGGAACCAGCGCACGGCCGCAUUGACGAA